AUGGAGGCAGAGACUGCAUCGAUCGCGCCCGCACUGCACUUCGCACCGCCGCUGGUGUUCGACAACCCCCAGGGCUGGGGUCCCACCGAGGACAGCAUUCCCUCGAAGCUGAAGGAGAUUCCAUUCGCGCCCUUCAGCAAGAGCGACAAAUUGGGCAAGGCGGCCGACAAUCUCGGCUACCAGGGUCGCGGCUACCGCGGCCAGACGCAGAGCUACGGAUCUGCGGAUACCGCCUUCAACUACUACCAUCAGGAAACCGAUGAGGGAGGCGAUUUCCAGCUGGUCUCGGCCGCGGUGAAACAGAAGUCGAAGGCCAAGCCGCGCUGGCAGCAGGGCUGGCAGAAGAAGCCGCAGGCUCGCCGUCGUGGAGAGACGGUCACGCAGAACAAGCCUAAUUUCGCGCCGCAAGCAUCAAGGAGCGCGCUGGCAGAGGUGGGGCGGCGGUCCCGGCGGCGCGAGGGGCGGCGCUUCGGGGAGAAGCUCAGCCGAGAGGCUUCCAUCGAGGUCAAGCCCGAUUGGGUGGUGGUCGAUCAGUUCGAUCUCAACCAGAUGCUCAAGAUGCGCAGCAAGGAGCAGGUGGGUCAGCCCGAGGAUCUCCUCCAGGCCGGCUCCGUCGAGUUCUACGACAAGGUGUAUGAUCGCAUCACGACCAAGAACAAGAAGCCCCUGCAGCGCAUCGAUCGCAAUUUCUUCCGCGUCACGACGAGUGACGAUCCCAUCAUCUCCCGCCUCCACGCCGAUGAUGUCGCCUCGGACGCCAACGUGUUCGCCACCGACGCCAUCCUCUCCGUGCUCAUGACCGCUCCCCGAUCCAACUACUCCUGGGACGUCGUGGUGCGCCGCGUGAACCCGCCCAACCGCGAGGAGGACGGCGUGCUGGUCGACAACAACCCCAAGAUCUACUUCGACAAGCGCGACAACUCCCUCUUCGACUACCUCACCGUCAACGAAAACGCCAGCGAGCCCCCGCGCGACGACGACCCCAACGUCAUCAACACGCCGCUCAAGCUCAGCGACGAGGCCACCUUCAUCAACCAAAACUUCUCCCAGCAGGUCCUCGCGCGCGACGGCAACCGGCACCGCAUGGCCCAGCCCAGCCCCUUCCAGGGUACCCUCACCGAUGAGGAGAUGGCCUCCGUCGGCUACCGCUACCGGAAGUUCGACCUCGGCGACGGCAACGUGCUCCUCGCCCGAUGCCAGGUCGAUGCCGCCCUCAAGAAGGACAACGGCGUCGAGUUUGUCAACGUCAAGGCCCUCAACGAGUACGACUCCAAGGCCACCGGCAUCGACUGGAGGCAGAAGCUCGACUCGCAGCGUGGUGCCGUCAUGGCCACCGAAUUCAAGAACAACGCUAGCAAGCUCGCCAGGUGGACUGCCCAGUCCGUCCUCGCCGGCGUCCAGCACCUCAAGCUCGGUUUCGUCACGCGCACCGCAGCCAAGGAUGCUUCGAACCACCAGAUCGUGGGCAUGGUGACGUACAACCCGGUCGACUUUGCCGGCCAGAUCGGUCUGGGCGCGGCCAACAUGUGGGGCAUCCUGAAGCACAUCAUCGACAAGUGCCAGGAGCUCGACGAGGGCACCUACGUGCUGGUCAAGGAUCCCAGCAAGCCCCUCCUCCGCAUCUACAGCGUGCCCGAGGGCUCGCUCGCCGAUGCCGGCGACGAUGAGGGCCACCCGGGCUACAGCGUGAUCGAUGGCAGCGACGACGAGGACGACGAGCAGGACUGA